AUGCAGUUUAUGAUGAAGCUAACUGAUCACAUUGCCACAAUUAGAGGAAAUGUUUUAAUGGUUCCAACUCUACCUAAGGUUUCUGAAGCAUACAUGCUCUUUGCUCAAGAAGAAAGGCAUCAAGAGGUGUCUAAAACUGUCUAUCCUACAGAAUCUCUUGCAUUUGUAGCUGAGAAGAGGAGAUUUGGAGGUGAUAAUUGGAACAACAAAAGUUUCAAGUCUCAAGCCACUGGUUCUCAACAGUUUCAGAAAUCUGGAAGUUCUAAUAGAAGUAACUCUCAAUAUUUCUAUACACACUGUCAAAUUCCUGGUCACAGUCUUGAAAUAUGUUUCAAGAUUAAUGGAUAUCCACCAGGUUUUAAGCAUUUCAAGAGCAACAAGACAACUGCAAUGUCAACUGCUGGAGAUGUUGAUGCUGACACAUCCAAUAAUCCAAGAACUGAAGCCAACACUACUAUUUCAGUGGAGCAGUAUAAUCAGUUGAUGAGUCUUUUGAGAAAACAACAGCAAAAUUAUGGACCUAAUCAACCAAACUUAGCCUUAAUGGCAGGUAAUAUCUGCUUAAUAUCUCACUCUAACUCUAAGUGGUUGCUUGAUAGUGGUGCUUCAUAUCACUUUUGCCAUGAUUUGAGUCAAUUUUCUGGAUAUAAAAGAGUUGAGAAUCAAUCUACAUAUAUUACUAUACCUGAUGGCAGUAAGAUACAUGUGAAACAUAAAGGGAAGUUGAUUCCUCUUGGUGAUGUGAGUUCUGGUCUGUACAAUGUUGGAGAACAAAACAUAGCAACUACAUCUACUAUGCAGCCACAUGUGUGCAACACAACCUGUUCUACUGCUGUCAAUAAUUCCAAACUUUGGCACUUGAGAUUAGGUCAUUUGAGUGUAGUGAAGUCUAACUCGUUGGGGGAGAUGGGGAAGUCAUCUCAAGUUUUUAGGCUCGUCGAUUUGGAGAAGAAUUGGCAGGAAACUGAUUACUUGGGUAAUCAAAUUUUGUUCAUCAGCAAAGCUUGUUCUGUUGUAGUCAAUGUGGUAGCUUUGGUGGCAAACACAGAUAAAUAUCUCAUUUUUGCAGAUUGCAGGGAAAAGGAAAAACAGUUAAAACUUCAAAGUUACUUGGCAAAAUUAUCAUUUUACAGCUUCUACUGCUAA